UUGGCUCCUUGUAAUUGUUCCUCAUGGGUGAAUUCCAGCAACAUCUGCUUACUGUCCUUGGAAGUAUUGUUUGUCUGGUUUUCCUGGUGAAGAGCCUUCGGUUCCUGAAGUAUGUCUUCCCAUACAUACGAAGUACUUUGCCCCCAUCUUUUUUCCAAUCAAUGGGGGAAUGGGCAGUGAUUACAGGAGCAGGAGAUGGCAUUGGAAGAGCCUAUUCCAUUGAAUUAGCCAAACGGGGCCUAAAUAUUGUUUUGAUUAGCAGAACUUUCCAAAAAAUGCAGAGAGUAGCCUUGGACAUCGAGCAGACCACAGGACAAAGAGUAAAAAUCAUACAAGCUGACUUCACCAAAAUGGACAUAUAUAGUGAUAUUGAAAAAAGCCUUCAAGGAUUAGAAGUUGGAAUUUUGGUUAACAAUGUUGGAAUGCUUCAGACCAGCAUCCCAUGCCAUUUUCUUGAUGCUCCAAACAAUGAUCAGGCCCUUAUAAACUGCAACAUCAUGUCUGUCACCCAGAUGACACGGAUAAUUUUGAAACAGAUGGUGCCAAGGCAAAGAGGACUGAUUCUGAAUAUAUCCUCUGCUGUUGGCACUUUUCCCUGUCCCUUAUAUGCCAUCUAUUCUGCCUCCAAAGCUUUUGGAUGCACAUUUUCUAAAGCUCUUCAAGCAGAAUAUAACACAAAAGGAAUUAUCAUACAGGCAGUGACUCCUUAUUCUGUUUCAACUCCAAUGACUAUGUGGUCAAAGCCUAAUCUAAUCAACAAGACAGCAGAAGAUUUUGUUAGGGAAUCUCUGGAGUACAUCACAUUGGGUGAUGAAACAUUUGGAUGCUUAGCCCACGAAAUAUUGGCACGGCUAGUGCAGUGUAUUCCUUUGCAAAUCUUUCACAGCGAGAGAGUACAAAAUAUGCUGAAAGAUGCUAUUUCGGGUCGGCUGAAGAAGAAUUCAAACAGUACUUGAAAAAAAACUUCACUUGGAGCAGGUGCCACUGCAGGCUUUUGCCUAAAAGUUUGGUAUGACUUAUCACCACAGCUGUCCAACAAAUUCACAAA